AUGCCCUAUUCCUUCGUUACAUCAAAUCAAGGCUCUGGUAAUGGUGUUUCUAUCACUGCACCUGACAAGAAAACUAAGGCGAAACGUCCUUCCUUACCUUCUGUUGGACUAUUUCAUCCCAGAAUAUCUUACCAGGAACUCCUCAAUGUCACUGGUGGGUUUUCGCUAGGAAAAUUGACAGGCUCGGGUAGUGUUGUAGCGGUAUAUAGAGGAACUCUAAAUCCAGAAGGAACUACUGUCCCAAUUAAGGUACUUAAACUCAAUCAGCGUGGAGCUUCCAAGAGUUUCAUGGCCGAAUGCCGAGCUCUAAGCAACAUCAGACACCAUAAUCUUGUCAGGAUCCUCCUAACUGCUUGUUUGAGCACUUAUUUUGAGCAAAAUGAUUUUAAAGCUCUGGUAUUUGAGUUUAUGCCAAAUGGAAGCUUUGAAAACUGGUUGCAUCUCGAAGACGGUCAAAUACAGACGAGAAUUUUGAACCUUCUCUGGAGAAUAAACAUUACGCUAAAUGUGGCUUCCGCAUUGCAUUAUCUUCAUCAACAAACCGAAUCACCAGUAGUUCAUUGUGAUAUUGGUGACAAUGACUUUGCUGCUCACCCAAGUGAUUUUGGUUUGGCGAGGCUCCUUCCGAAAUCUGGCAUAGAUGUUGUUUUGAGUCAAUUCAGCUCUGCUGGUGUUAUGGCAACCACCGGAUAUAUACUGUCAAAUUUUUUGUUUCUGAAUGAGGAGCUUCAUUUUGUUAGGAAAGCUGCAACAAUAAGUUAG